AUGGCACUUUCGGAUUCAGACCUCUCGUCGCUAUCAUCGGCACCACCGACAGACGACGAAGCAGCUAUGGCGAUCGAUGAACCUGUUGGUAUAACUAAGUAUUUCAAGAAGGAAUCGGAGACGCCGCCGCCGAAGCGGGAGCCAUCACCACCCCAUGAAUACGUCCUGGCAGACAAUCCGAUCAUCGCAUUCAUCGUCAUGUUCCGCGCGCGUUUCCACGAAUCCUUCCCUCGGGGAGUUCCACAUUUCGGACCCCAGGACAUCGAGAGAGGAGUUGAGGAGUCCCCACCGGGUGAAUGCAUUGAGCGCCUACUAUGCGCAUUGCUGGGUCUCGUUCUAAAUCGCAAGAAGGAUGUUGAGCGAAAUCACUAUACACGACCACUCGAAGAAGCUAUUUCAACACAUCAGUCGCAGUGGCCCAAGGCAUGGCAGGGCAAGAACCCCCUUCACGGAGGCCGCAGCUUUACGACGAUGGCGCCUGAAGAACGACUGGAGCUGCUUCGAUCUCUGAUACUCUGGUCCUUGGCAUCAUCGGAUGCGAUCCAGGCCAAAAUUAAGGAAUCAUACAAGCAGGCGCGCCACGAUGACGACCUGAACCAACCCCUUUCUGUUCAACCAUGGGGUCGCGAUAGCUUGAAACGUCGAUACUGGCUCAUCGAAGGGCAAGACGAUACACACUUUCGUUUAUAUCGGGAGAGCAACCCUGCUCUCAAACACAAUACUUGGUGGAGUGUUGCCGGCAGUAUUCCAGAGAUACAAGAAAUUGCCGAUAAGCUUCAAGAAGAAAAAGGCACAAAUUCGAAGAAGCUCAGCGAGAGGAUUCAGAAUGCUAUUCCUCGAUUCGAGGCUUCAGAGGACAAACGCAAGCGACGUGACUAUCGUCUCCAGCGCAAAGCGGCUUUUACUCGACCGGAACCUGGCUUCUCCAUGUAUGAGGGACGUACGCGCGGUAAAAAGCUCAAGUAUACCUAUUCCGAUGAUGAGGAUACGUUUUCGGAUGGGCUUCUUUCCCGGCGAUCGACCCGUAAUGCUCGUCUAACCGGGCGGCAGAUUCGGUCCCGUGCCGGCGGACUUUACGGAGAGGCUUUGCUCACUGGACAGCGGGAGGACUCUGAGUUCGACGAGGACGAAGAGGAAGAAGGAAGACCUCAGAGAGCUCGGACCUCUAUCAAUCCCAAUGGCUAUUCGGGAUACCGAGACGAUGAUCUUGAGGACGAGUCUGAAGCUGCCCCGUCCGAGGCCGCUGACAGCGGAAGAGAAUGGGGCGGAGAGGAAGACGAUGAGAAUGAGUUCGAGGGCGACGACGAGGCAGAGAACGUUAGUGGAGACGAGUCCAUAAUGCAUGGAGAACCACAAAGUCUUGUGGUCCAACUUCGCUACGGCAAAGGCAAUGUACCCAAUCAACUGGAGGUUGCGCAGGAUGAGCCUCCCCCUACUCAGGAGUCUGAGAUGAAAGAUGCCAGCGAAGCUGAGCCAUCUGCACACCCGUCUCUACCACACAAGCCAACAUCCUUACCCACUCCGGCACCAGCACCUUUCACUACGCAGUCAGCCCCAGCAGUGACUGCACCUACUUGCCCUCCUGCACUAGUACCCCCGGUGCCUCAGCCAGUGCCGACAAUGACCGCACCACCUAUGCCUUCCGUGUCAACCUCAGCGGGCACCCCUACGGCUCUCACUCAUCCUAUUUCUGCGCCUGUCGAUUUGCUAAAACCCGGCCAGCCAGCCGAGGCAAAUAGCUUGAAUGGACUUACCGCCGGUGCUGAAAGCCGAUCUGUCCCAGGAGUCUCUCAUCCGCAAGCCCCGUUCACAUCAAGCUGGAACUCGACUAGCUAA